AUGAGUCAGACGAAUAAAUCUCGAACACCUGUGCAUCAAGAGGAAAGCCAAUCUAAAAAAGUGGGUGCUACAUUACUUUCAGGCACAUUUAAUUGCAAUCAAAAGAGCUAUCCAUAUAUUCAAUCCCAUCGUAUCUACCGCACUGAAACUUUUGGACAGCAUUCCGCUCCAAUUCGCGGACUUGGAUCAGAUGUGAUCGUGAUCUCAGCCAACAUGGCGCUCGAGGAUCAGAUCGAUAUAUCGGAUGAAGCACGUCGCCUCAUCCAGCCCGAUCAGUCGAGUCGAGUAGAAGAACGUCGGCUAACCGGCGAUCUGAAGCGUUACCUAGAUACCAAAUACGGGAGGAUGUGGCACGUGGUCGUUCUGAAUGGUUCUUACUGGAUGAACUAUUCACAUGAGCCGCAGUACUCUUUUCAAUUUCGUAUCGGACGUUACGUCAUCUUGUGUUGGCGUACCCCGGCAUACUAA